AACAACUGUGGAUUUGCCACGAUUUCCGUUAGUAAAAUGUGGUGAACGACCAUUGAAGGUACUUACGGCACCUUUAAAAAUUGAGAAAAAGCUGCUCUCUAGCGUGUCUGGCCCAUGAGAGUAGCAUGUGUAGGUGGGCGGGACUAGGAGGAAACAUGCAGCUCGCAACCCGCAGCUGCAAUCGGAGCCCAAGCCGGCGUGGUGUCGUUGUAAUUCUUGUCCAGGCAAACGUCACCUUGCACAGAGCAGGGAACACCGUGGGCCGUAUCCGUAGCUCGACUCUCGACUCUCGAGAGCUUCUCUCCAUUGACACGGUAACCGUACGUUAGGUAGGAAGGUAUCUGACCGCUGCGACGCGAAUGGAGGGUAGAGCGGCAGUGGG